AUGCCCGCCCCGUCGCACGCUCCACAAGGCCCGUCCCGAGGCGCGGGCCGGCCCCGCAGCCUCCGGGUGCUAUCGCUCGACGGCGGCGGCGUCAAGGGCUAUUCGACCCUGCUCAUUCUCAAGCGCAUCUUUGAAUCCUUGACACCCGAAGACGGAAAAGGCCCAGAGCCGAAGCCGUGCGAUGUCUUUGAUCUCAUCGUCGGCACGUCGACGGGGGGCCUCAUCGCAAUCAUGCUCGGCCGCCUCCACAUGUCCAUCGACGAGUGCCUGAGCGAGUACGAAAAGACGAGCGCUGUCGUGUUUGGCAAUCCCAUCGCCCAGAACCCCAUCGGGAAGCUGUUCAAGAAAGUCGCUACCGGCUCGUUCUAUGACGUGACACUGCUGGAAGGCGCCAUUCGGGAUCUGCUUGUCCAGCGCGGCAAAUCGGCCGAUGAGUUGUUUUGGGAGAAGGAUCCUCAGUGUAGAGUCAUGGUCUGUGUGACGAGGAGCAUCACCAGUAAGGUGGACGUGAUCCGGAACUACACAUCCAGGCACCCGACGCAGCAAAACUACAAGUGCGCCAUCUGGGAGGCCGCCGCCGCCACCGCCGCAGCGCCCAUGUUCUUCCGCUCCGUCACGCUCAAGACGGGCGAGGAAUGGGUCGACGGCGCCAUGCGCAGGAACAACCCGAUCAACGAGGCCAUGAACGAAGUCAACCGCGAGAGCGAACGCGGCUGGGAGGGCCGCGCCAUCGGCUGCACCCUGAGCAUCGGCACCGGCGUCGCGCAGGUCCGCGAGGUGUCCAACUCGGCGAGCGCCCUCGUCAAGAGCGUCGUCAAGAUCAUGACCGACUCGGAGGACGUCGCCGACGCCUUCCUCAGCAGCUCCUUUGGGCAGCAGCUCGAGCGCAGCCACCGCUACUUUCGCUUCAACGUGCCGCAGGGCCUGCAGGCCGCUCAAAGCUCGACGAGUGGAAGGAGACGAAGAGGAUGA